CUGCUCUUUACUUUCGAUUUGGGACCAAAUCUGUUUGUCUGGGUGUAACUAUGAGAUGGAGACUAAGAUCACAUCGUUUUGCUUAUUUCUGGCGAUGAUGAGAUUAUCUCCUGCUGAGGAGCUGAAGAGGAACCUGACUGGAGUUGUUGGAGGAAACAUCACUCUGCCUGAUCCUCUGAUGGAGGAAGGAUUUAUUUUAGAUGCAGGGAAAGCCAACAAUCUUGCUAUGGUGACUGAAGGAAACCUUAAGAUUCUAGAUGACAAAUUCAAUAAUAAACUUCUCUGGAACAAAGACUCUGGACUCUUUACAAUCACAGACCUGCAGAAGAUCGACUCUGGAGUUUAUAAAAUUGAUGAUAAAAAAAGAGAGAUUUCUUUCUCUUAUUCGCUCUCAGUGUACGAUGCUGCUCCGACUCCUGCAGUAGAAACACGGACUGUGAGCUCUGACAGCUGCUGGUUGAUCUGUUCUGUGGACAAACCAACGUCUCUGAUGUGGUACAAAGAUGAGGAAAUCCAGAACCAGAGCAGUUCUGCUGUCUCUUUACCCAUCACUGUCUACAGGCAGGACAGAGACUCAUCAUACAGAUGUGUAGCAGCCAACCCUGCAGAAAACAAGACUCUACAUGUUAAUGUGACGACUUCCUGUUGGUUCAUCAAGACAGAGAGUGGUGAUAAAAGAAUAUAUUGGAUCACACCUCUGGUCUCAGUCGGGUUUGUCAUCAUUAUUGCUUUCAUAACCUUUAUGAUGAAGCAGAGAUAUCUGGGCAAAAAGACAUCUGACAGACAAACACAAGAUCCCGCAAAAGAACCGGAAGUCCUAUAUACGCCAAUUCUUAUCAAGGAUAAAAGACAGACUGAGUUACAGGAAGAGAAUAUUCCAGAGUCGUCAGGAACCAGUGAUCGGAACAAUCUGACAACGAUCUACGCAAAACUGGAGCAUCCCAACCCAGGCAGAGCCUAACAGAUAGAAUCAUUGCUAUCUGUUCUGUUCGUCUGAAACCUGAAUGAAUGAUUCAUCAGUU